AUGGAUCCCUUCAAAGGUCAAGGUGGCAUUCAAAUGCUUCUAACUGCUGAACAAGAAGCUCAACACAUUGUUAACACUGCAAGAAAUUUGAGGACUCAAAGGUUGAAGCAGGCAAAAGAUGAGGCAGAGAAAGAGGCAGCUCAAUAUAGAACUCACAUGGAAGAAGAAUAUCAAAAGUCAAUUUCAGAGACAACUGGGAACUCAGGAACAAAUGUAAAAAGGCUUGAUGAAGAGACAGAUGCUAAGAUUAAAAACUUAAAGAAAUCAGGUUCAAAGGUUUCAAAUGAAGUUGUUGACAUGCUCCUCAAAUAUGUUACAAAUAUUAAAAUGUAA